AAAGAGUAAAGUAACUAUAAUAGGUAUAGCUUAUCUAUCGAACAAAUCCCUAUCGAAUCGAACUCGAACAGCAAAGCAAAAGGAAAAUAAAAUUAUAGAAAUAAGCCGAAUUGUGUGUAAAAUGCCCAAACACAAGAAGCAGGAGAGUUCCAGCAGCUCGGAUAGCGAUGAUGGACCAGUCGACAGAAACCCUCCAGCAGAAAAGAAAGCCAAAAUGGGUAACAGGACAGCUGACAAAGAGCCAACAUGGGUAUUGCAAGGGAAGAAGUUGGUUAAGGUCAGAGAAUUCAAAGGCAAGGUAUAUGUAGACAUAAGAGAAUUUUAUGAAAAGAAUGGUGAUCUGUUACCAGGGAAGAAAGGGAUUAGUAUGACCCCUGAACAAUGGAAAAAGUUGUUGUCACUUGGUGACGAAAUAAAUGAAACGCUUGGUUCCUUAUGCUGAGAGCAAAAUACAUGUUGUUGUUGUUCUUUAUUCUGUGUAAUAAAUGUGAGUUAUCUUAAUA